AUGACCCCCCAGACCUUGACGGAGAAAAUAGUACAGGCACACUCUCAAAAUCUCGCAGAGGGCAAAGUCGUCAGGUCAGGCGACUAUGUCUCACUUGCACCGCAUCGAUGCAUGACCCACGACAACAGCUGGCCCGUCGCGACGAAAUUCAUGUCCAUCGGCGCCAGCAAGAUCCAUGACCCUUCCCAGAUCGUGAUGACGCUCGAUCAUGACGUGCAGAACAAGUCAGACAAGAACUUGAAGAAGUACCAGCAGAUUGAGUCGUUCGCGAAGAACCAGGGGGUGGACUUUUAUCCUGCGGGAAGGGGGAUUGGACACCAGAUUAUGGUUGAGGAAGGGUACGCGUGGCCUGGGACGAUGGCCGUGGCUAGUGAUAGCCAUAGUAAUAUGUAUGGCGGGGUUGGUUGUUUGGGGACGCCAGUGGUGAGGACGGAUGCUGCGAGCAUUUGGGCAACAGGCAGGACGUGGUGGCAGAUUCCGCCGAUUGCGAAGGUUACGUUUACUGGGGUGCUGCCCGAGGGUGUGACGGGGAAGGAUGUGAUCGUGGCAUUGUGCGGGCUGUUCAACGAGGACGAGGUGCUGAAUCAUGCUAUUGAAUUCACAGGCACUGAGGAGACCAUGAAGAGUUUGCCGGUCGACGAUCGAUUAGCCAUUGCGAAUAUGACGACCGAAUGGGGCGCGUUGAGUGGCCUCUUCCCCAUCGACGACAUGCUGAAAGGCUGGUUAAGAUCGCAAGCAACAGAGGCUGCCAUGAACUCAGCCAAUCCUCCCUCAUCGCCCACAGCGAGUCUGACAAGCUCACGAUUCAACCACCAACGCCUUGAUGACCUUUUCGCGGACCCUUUGGCGGCCGACAAAGGCGCCAGCUAUGCGAAGGAGCUCUACCUCGACCUCUCAUCCCUCCAGCCCUACGUUUCUGGCCCGAAUAGCGUCAAGGUCGCCACUCCACUGUCUGAGCUCGAAGCCCAGGAUAUCAAGAUCAAUAAGGCCUAUCUCGUCUCGUGUACGAACUCUCGCCGCUCCGAUAUCGCGGCCGCAGCAAAGGUGUUCAAGGAUGCGACUGUGGAUGGUCAGGUCCCUAGCAUCGCCGAAGGCGUGAAUUUCUACAUCUCCGCCGCUUCAUUACCUGAGCAGAUCGCUGCUGAGGAGCAAGGAGACUGGCAGACCCUACUCGCUGCUGGCGCCCAACCCCUACCCUCCGGAUGUGGUCCCUGCAUUGGUCUUGGAACAGGUCUGCUCGAGCCCGGCGAGGUGGGCAUCAGCGCCAGCAACCGCAACUUCAAAGGUCGCAUGGGCUCUACAGACGCGAAAGCCUACCUCUCGUCUCCUGAAAUCGUGGCUGCAAGCGCAUUGAAAGGCAAGAUCGCCGGUCCAGGCAUAUAUCAGCAACCCAAAGAAUGGGAAGGUGUAGUCAAGGGCGAGGGCGGCUACGCCAGCUUCAGCAUGGAAGACGCGCUCGAGAAACUCGUCAACGACGCCGAAGCAGCUGUCAAAGAAGCCGAAGCGCGAUUAGAAGGCGCCAGUGGUCUGGAAGGCAGCCAUGAGCGCCUCGCCGGCCAGGACGCCGCCGACCAGUCUAGCGCCGGCGGGCUGACAGAAAUCCUCCCUGGCUUUCCAGAGAAGGUGACAGGCGAGAUCGUGUGGUGCGACGCCGACAAUGUCAACACCGACGCCAUUUACCCAGGCAAAUACACCUACGACGAUGCCUUCUCCUCGGAUCCAACGAAGAUGGCUUCCGUGACGAUGGAGAACUAUGACCCGACCUUCUCCUCCAUCGCCAAGAAAGGCGACAUUCUAGUCUCCGGCUUCAACUUCGGCUGCGGCAGCUCGCGCGAACAAGCCGCUACUGCGAUACUUGCAAAGGGGAUCCCCUUGGUCGUCAGCGGCAGCUUCGGCAACAUCUUCUCCCGCAACUCGAUCAACAACGCACUAAUGGGCGUCGAGGUGCCAAAACUCAUCUCCCGUCUUCGCGAAUCCUUCUCCGCUUCUUCACAACCAGCCACCGGCUCCGCUGGCACCGAGCCCAUCACUGAGCCAGACGAGAACAGGCAAAGUCUCGAUUCUCCUCCUCCAGCACCAGAGAGCAAACCGAAGGCGCAAAAGGCGUUGACUGUAAGGACUGGCUGGAGCUUCACCUGGGAUGUCCGACGGAGCCAGGUUGUUGUGCAGGAGGGAGAGGGUGGGGACAGCUGGACGCAGGCGGUGGGGGAGUUGCCGCCGAAUGUGCAGGAGAUUAUUGCGAGGGGAGGUUUGGAGGGGUGGGUGCGGGGGGAGAUUGGGAAGGCGUGA